AAAACUAUAAAAUGGACAAAAUUCUGAUUCCUGACAACAGAAUUCAGGUUUCUGAUUUUCGGUAUAUGUGUGUGGUUUUUGUGCUUUUAAUUUAUAUUACAUUUAUGUAUAUUCUUUGGAAUCAAUAUUGGUAAUUCGUUUUUACAAUAUUGAUUUUAAUUACAUGUUUAAAUGUUUGCAUUACUAAUUGCCUCACCCUGAUUACAAAAUAAUAAUAUAAUGGCGACUUCAAGUGAUACUUCUGACCAAAAUGUGAAGUCUCGACGACCUGCUGAAUCUGCUUUUAAACAGCAGCGCCUUCCUGCUUGGCAACCUAUUCUUACAGCAGGCACAGUUCUUCCUACAUUUUUUGUAAUUGGAAUUGCCUUUAUACCCGUUGGAAUUGGAUUGCUAUAUUUUUCUGAUGAGGUUAAGGAAUAUGUAAUAGAUUAUACACACUGCAUGAAGGAAGAUGAAAACAUUACAUGUGCUGAAUAUAUUAAGCCAAACAACAUGGAUCCUUGUAUAUGCAGAAUAAAUUUCAAUUUGACUGAAGAUUUCCUUGGUGAUGUCUAUUUCUACUAUGGACUCAGCAAUUAUUAUCAAAAUCAUCGGCGAUAUGUGAAGUCACGGGAUGAUAAUCAACUUUUGGGUCGUCUGUCUCUUACUCCAUCAACAGACUGCGAGCCAUUUUCCUAUGCCGAAGAGGAUGGAAAGAUGAAGCCUGUGGCACCCUGUGGUGCUAUUGCUAACUCAAUGUUCAAUGAUACGUUGACAGUGAACUCGCAAGAUCUAAAAGUGAAUGUCCCUGUAUUGAAGACCGGCAUUGCAUGGACCUCCGAUAAAAAGAUUAAGUUUAGGAAUCCACCUGGCGACCUCAAGACAGCAUUCGCAAACUACACCAAACCCGUAAAUUGGAGGAAGUCUGUUUGGGAAUUGGAUACCAACCCGGACAAUAAUGGAUUUCAGAAUGAAGAUCUGAUAGUGUGGAUGCGUACAGCGGCCCUGCCGACCUUCCGCAAGCUGUACCGGCGAGUAGACCACACAGAGGUUGGCUUCAGCACCGGCUUGUCUAACGGACCCUACACACUUAUCGUGGAAUAUAAUUACCCAGUGACAGACUUCGACGGCACAAAAUCAUUCAUUAUCUCCACGACAUCUCUCCUGGGAGGCAAGAACCCAUUCCUGGGUGUUGCUUACGUGGUGGUCGGGACGCUGUGUCUGCUGCUGGGUAUUGUCUUGCUCGUCAUACAUCUCAGAUGCUCCAAGAGUACUACCGAGAUGAUCAACGUAAACCCACGCACUCCGUACUCGUAAGAAGCUGACCUCACGAAAGUUUUACCAAAAUUACUAAUCAUUUAUUGACAUGUUUUUAGUCUAUUUAUCUUUAAAUGCUUUUAAUCCUCUAUUUAAGAUUCUAAAACAGUUAGCUUAUUGCCAACAUUAAAACACCCAGUGUCCUAAUAACUUGGAUUGGAUUGGAUGAUCCAAACGACUGUUGUAAUGAAAUUCAGUACAACAUUACAACACUCUUGGAUGAUGUAAUGGUUACUAGGACUGGCUUUUUUAUUGUUAGCAGUAAGCUAACUGUUUUAGUAUCUUUUAUAGGGGAUUCAUAUUAUGGGUAUAGAUAAAGUCUUGUAUGCAACUGUUUAUAAUUAGGUAUUAAAACACAUAAUAAUAUCAUAAAUGAUAAUACGUGAUAAUAUUAUCAUAAACCCACAUUCGUGUUUUAAUACCUCUUAUUACACAACAGUUGCAUAAAUAACUAUUAAAAUGCUUCUUAGAUCGAUGUUAGAAGCGGCCUAACAUGACAUAGAUUAAAUAUUAUACUAAUGUACGAUGAAGCGAGCAUCUUUAUGGUCAUGAGAUCUGUAGAGGCGAUUUUUUCGCAAAAUGCACUUUGCGCCUAUUGAUAGGUAGUAAUUAUCACGCUAUUUACACAUAUAUUAUAAUGAAGAACAAUUUACUUUUAAUUAGUAAUAUAAAUUUGUCGUAGUCUUUUAUCAAUAAUUUAAUAAUCGAAGAGAGUAGUAAGGCAAAUAUUAAUAUUUUAACACAAGUUAACAUAUGUCUGAGUAAGCAAGAAAAUUCUAUAAAAGAACUGUUCUAUACGUGAUAAAAAAUAAACUAGAAUCGCUUUUUUAUUCUCAUUUCUGAAGCCGUUUCAAAGUUUCAAAAUGUUUAAAAUAUCUGAAUUAACGUAACUGUGAGGAGAUUAUGGCUAUUAUUAAAUUAAUAUAAAAGCUUAAGUAAUUGAUGUUGUACUUAUAAUGUGUAGUUUUAUUUGUUGAGACUUAAUACAAACUUUAAAUCAAAUCACAUUACAUACUUUUAAUAUCUUCACUAAGAGAAAAUACCUCACGGGAAGGUGACGUUACCAAUUCCGGCUUGAAGGACCAAAAGAAGUUGAGGUUGAAAUAAUAAAUAUUUAAUAAUAUUUUACCUUUGUGUUUAAUUGUAAAGUAUUUAAUUGUGCAGUAUUAUGAAUAAUUUCGUGUCUUAUUUUGUUAUGAGUGAGUUUAAGUCGUUGGUUUCGUGUUAAUAUUUGUUAUUGUUUUAGAUGUAUUGUUUACUAAACAUAAGGGCUUAUAUUAUACAAAUCUUAUCGUAACUAAAAGUUUUUUUAUUUUAUUGUUAUUAAAAUCGUUGCACUUCGACCAAUGACGGUAUUGUAUACUGUGUUACCAACCAAUACCAUUUACGCAUCGAAUAUUGAGAGCACUAUUGUCCAAACUCUUGGUGCCAUUCGUUGGUUCAUUCAUAUGUCACUUCUUGUUCCAUGAAAAUAGUUGGGCUACUAGAUCCAAUUAAUAAGAAAAGUAGCACACAUAGCGGUAUGGAUAAAUAGGAAUGAUUUAAAUGUGAUAAACCAAAGUGCAUUGACUUUUUACAUUUUUGUUUAAAAAUAUUUUUUUUCCGUCAGUGCAUGCGCUCGGAAUUUGAUUUUUAAAUUUUCGGUCCCUCACUGCAGACUUUGUCACAUUGAAACAUGAUACGAAAUUACAACGGGCUACGAUGCACGGAGCUUGAUGUGGAUUUUUGUAUUGUCUGUAUAAUUAAUAAACACGAAGUUACUUCAAAUUUAAAACUUUUUGUCUUAAUCUUACCUUUUUUUUAUGACACUAAGGGACGAGAGCAGGACGUACAGCUGAUGGUAAUUGAUAUGCCCUGCCCAUUUUGAUAGGCACUACAAUUGCGCUCGCCUCCUUGAGACAUGAGACGUUAUGUCUCGUUUGCAAUGCAGUAAUUUCACUUUACGUUUGUGACUACAGAAUUACAUGACAGGGAGAAGUAAUUUUAAACUUGGAGUAACUUUACAUCGCGUUUAUUAAUAAGGUAGAAUGAGUUGAAUUUCGAAGAUAGCAGUUUGACAGUCAAAUGCAGUUUGAAUCUCAAUUGUAACAGUGGUUUUAUUCUUUAUCUCGAAUAAGAUUGCACUAAGAAUGGCGAUAAAAUUGUAAUAAAUUGAUAUGACAAUUAUCAAAUUUAAUAACAUUUCGUGAUAACUAUCAUACUCCAGUUAAAGCUGAUAUCUAGCAGGAAGUAUCUAAAAUAAACAAGAUUCCCUUUUUAUUAAGGAAGUAUCUAGAUAAGUUGUAAGCUCUUAAUUCUGUAAUGUCAUAUUUGACUUUUGAGUGUGACAAUUGAAGUUGAUACCCAAAAUGGCGGGAGAAAGUAAGUUUGAUUGUUGUAGUUUUAAUUCAUAUGAGAUUUGUCUAUUUAUCUAUCUUAAAUGCACUAAUAAUUUUUAUUUAUUAUCACUAUUAUGGUAGAAUUCUUAAAUGUUAGUUCACAUUAAUAAACAAUAAAUAAAAUGUAAAA